AUAAAAGAAAAUAAUCAUUAUUGAUUUGUUUCACGUGUAAAGAAACGUAAAAGAUGUUUUUAAAAAUAUUCUACAGCUGACUGUCGACGCAGGACAGGACAAAGUUUUGAUUUCUCGUGAAUAAUAAGAAAAUGGUUGUUUAAAAUCUCAGAAUGGCGAAUAAAGCUAACCCGUUACCAUAUAUCAAGAAAAGGGAAUAUGGAAUAGUGCACGAUCUUAAGGCUACGUUGUUUGAAAACAGGUUGAGCGCAGCGAAGAACCUGUAUCGAAAAGAUUUAAAGUGCCAUUUUGGAUGUGUAAAUGCUAUCGAGUUUUCCAGUAAUGGCGAAAUACUUGUAUCGGGUGGAGAUGACAGGAGGGUGAUGUUAUGGCAAUUCGGGCAGGCCAUUGUGGAUCGAGGCCAACCUGAGGCCAUGAAGUCCACCCAUCAGUCUAACAUCUUUUGUCUUGGGAUUACUGAUGACUCAAAGAAGAUUUACUCUGGAGGCAAUGAUGAUAUGGUAAUUGUACAUGAUGUGGCGAGCAAGCGCCCAGUAGAAGUGUUAAGCCAUCAGCGCGCUGUGUGCUGCCUCAGCAUCGACCCAUAUAACGACCGUGUGGUCUCCACGGCGGGCAACGAUGGCAGACUUCUGCUCUUUGAUACUAGGCAGUCUGUUCAUGAGUCCUUGGUGAUAUCGCGCAGCAGGAAAGCCUUCCACGGAGUGAUGUUCCACCCCACGCAGAAGGACAUACUCGUGUCGGCAAACGCUCGGGAUGGAGUCGCACUAUGGGAUCUCAAGUCGCCAAAACGCCCGUUGAUCCGCUACACUGGCACCAAUGGCCCUUUCCAAAACAGCAUGUCGGUCCGCUUUAACAAAGCCGGUACGCAUGUACUCGCGCUGCGGCGGCGGCUCCCGCCAGUGCUGUACGCACUUUAUGAGCAAGAGCCGCGUGCAGAGUUCUAUCACCAGGACUACUACAACUCGUGCACCAUGAAGAGCUGCAGUUUCGCAGGCGAGAGUGACAAAUAUGUGCUAUCAGGGUCCGAUGAUUUUAACCUUUACUUGUGGAAAGUUCCUGAACCUGGAUGUGAAGAUGUGGUAGUGGAGAGCCCGCACAUAGUGCUGUACGGGCACCGCUCGAUCGUGAAUCAAGUGCGUUUCAACCCGCAGUACUCUCUCAUUGCCUCGUCCGGAGUCGAGAAAAUCAUCAAGCUGUGGUCGACGAUGGAGUACCCGGCGAUGCGCGGCGACUUGCUAGAGAGCGCCACUGGCUCGGACAAUCCGCGGGAGAUCUACGGCCAAGACGACUAUGUGACGCUCAUGCACCACAAUGGACAGUACAUAUCACACAACUACGCGGACCAAUCCACGAGCGAAGACCCCCGAAUGAUGGCAUUCUUCGACUCGCUAGUGCAACGCGAGCUUGAGUGCCUCGGUGAGAGUUCCGAGUCUUCAGAAGCGGCGCAUCACACUGAUUCCUGUGAGGAAGAGGCGCAUCUACUAGCGGACUUUCUGCCGCUCGUACUGCCGCCCAAGAUACGGAUAAGUAACAGCGCAAACCGCAGUCAAAGGGGUCCAAAUAGGCUGGCGCGGUUGGUUGCGUCGCGCUAUCCAAAGAAUUCACGUGAAGCCCAGAAAAGAGGCACAGUCAGACGCAGCAAGCACCUGGACCGCCGGGCGUUGCUCAGCAAGUUCAAGAUGCUACCGACGCGCGCGAGCGCCAAGGGCAAGCAGAGGUCGAGCGGGUCGUCUCGACGCGCUCCGCGGGGACUUGAGAACGGGCCGCGAUCUCGCUUGGUGCGGUGCGCACGCGCGGGGGCGUCGGGGGCGGGGGCGGGGGCGGCGGGGGCGGGGGCGGCGCGGCGCGACCCGCCCUCCAGCGAGCGCGACGAGGACGAGCCGCGCCCGCUCUACCGCGCCACUGGACGGAACCUCCGGCCGUUGCGCAGGCGAAUGAAUCUGUCCAGAGCAUCGAAAAGGAAAACUAAAGCUACAAAUACUAGUUACAGGAAGUCUGUUAUGAAUUUAAGAAGCAGUGGAUUAACCCAGGAUAAUGCCGUCCCCCUUUCGAGUAGAGCUGACUAUCUGGAUCGCCUCGAUUCGAUGGCGUUACCAAGCACAAGCUCAGGUUACAGGGGCGAAAACACGUCGGCGCUGUUCAGAGUAGCGGCCGAUUCCGACGACCAGUCGGGCAGCGGGUCGUCGUCCCCCGCCAGCGUCUGCGACGGCCGCCCCGCGCACCGCGCACAAGGCUACCACCUCGCCUUCACCACACCGGGACCCUACAACAACGGAUCGUACACGAGAAUGGAGGAAUACAUGGCCCAAUACAAUGGAGACGAAACGCGCGACUCGCUAAUAGUGGAGCCCCCGGAAUCCGACUCCACCCCGCCACCUUCCGAAACCAGGCAUAGGAUCCGAAAAGGGAGGAGGACGGGAAGGAGUUUGAAAAGGAUAGAUUCCAGCGAAUCGCCCCCGCCAAAAGACCAGGCGAUCGUUCCCGAUAGGUUAUCCCCUAAAGAGUAUAAUAACAGGAGUGUAGCGCGGCUGAUGAACGAGACGAACGAGAGUGAAGUAGAGAGCAGCUGCAGCACCGAAGGUAGCAUGUGGCCCGGGCCCGGGGCCGGCUCGCUGCGGACGGCGGGGCCGACGACCCCGGACAGCGGCGUGGGCACGGCGGCCGGCAGCAGCGAGCGCCGCGCGCGGCGUGCCGGCGACGUGUCCGACGACCAGGACUGUGGCGUGCAGGCGCUUAAGCUGAGGCAGCGAGUCAAAAAGGCGAGGCGCAACUAUAGGAAACAUAUGGAGUCUGAUUCUAAUUGAUGUGAGAAACUUUACUAUAAGAUUCUAUUGAGCGGCCAGAACGGAAAUAGUGAUAGCCCAUUUAAAAAAAAUACCUAUUGAAGGUUUCAAAAGAGUCAAGAAUUUUUAGGAACGAGUUCAGUUAUGAUUUUAAGCGCAGUUUUGGGACAUUCGUUUGAUUAAAAAUAAGAAUAUGAAAGCAAAAAUGUUCUUUUAAAUCAUAAUUAAACAUGGCCUUUUUAUUCUGAUUGAUGUAUGAUUAUAUUAAAUCUAUGUUUUUAUUCUAAAUGAUAGUUGAAAACUAUGCUCUUUUUUCGGGCAGAUGGGCAGAUGAAUAUUUAAACUAUUGUUUCAGUUCUUCUUGUUCAGUUGAUUCAAUGUAUCCGAUGUUAAGAGGUGAACGACUGAACAUACCAGGUAUACUAUGUAACAUUAAUAAGUUGUGUAAUCUCAAACCUAGAGGUUAUUAACUUAUAAAAAAAUAUUUGAAAUGAUCGAAGUCAUCGUUGUACGAUAAACAAGUGCCCAAGUCUGUUUUUAAUUUUAUUAUGAGAACCAAAAACAAUUUGGGAAACAGGGCUUUCACAGUUAUCUCCCUGGACCCUUCAAGUGGAUUAUUGAUUAACGUAACAUAAUUACUUGUUACAAUAAUAAGACACUACGCGACGACUUUUUUGCUGCUACUCAGUUUGAGUCAUGAGUCUGACGCAAUUCGGCGUUGAUAUACCCCAUUACCUUUAGAGCACGUACGCUGAGGUUGAGGUUGGGUGCGGAGCACCUCACUUUCAUACUAUAAGUUGGCAGUUAAGUCACUGUGUGGAUGCGGAUUGAUUCUAAGGCCUUGUUUUCCGGUUGACGCUUUUUUGACUUCCAAACAAUAUGACGCAUGCAAAUGCAGCGUGCGGCGUCAACUGGAGACCAAGCCCAAACUCGUAAGAACUUGAGUGCCACAAAUGUGUAUCUAAUCAGUUUCCUUUUUGAAUAGUUUGUUAUUAUUGUAAAGGUAUUGUGAUCACUAUUAUUAUUAUUACUUCAAUAGUCGAUAAGAGCCAUCAUGUUCUUUAAAAUGGUUAUUAGCGUUAGACCAAUCUGGUAAAUAUAUUAUAUUAACAAAAAAUAUUUUUGUUUAUUAUUGUUCUAUUUGGUUUUCCAUAUUUUCAUAUAAAAAUAUACCGUCUUUCUGGA